AGCCGCCGCCGGCGGGGGCUGGCGGCCUGUCCCUGAGGAGGAGGCAGAAGAGGGAGCCCUGCUCCCCGGGGGAAGAUGGGGAACUGCCUCAAGUCCCCUACCUCCGAUGACAUCUCGCUGCUGCACGAGUCCCAGUCGGACAGAGCCAGCUACGGGGACGGGGCCGAGCCGGAUCAGGAGCCACCGCCGCCAUAUCAGGAGCAGGUCCCUGUUCCUGUUUAUCAUCCAACUCCUAGCCAGACUCGGCUGGCAACACAGCUGACAGAAGAGGAGCAGAUCAGAAUAGCGCAGAGGAUAGGUCUUAUUCAGCAUCUACCCAAAGGAGUCUAUGAUCCUGGAAGAGACGGCUCCGAGAAGAAGAUCAGAGAAUGCGUCAUUUGUAUGAUGGACUUUGUUUAUGGGGACCCUAUCCGAUUCCUGCCAUGCAUGCACAUUUACCACCUGGACUGUAUAGAUGACUGGUUGAUGAGAUCCUUUACCUGUCCAUCCUGCAUGGAGCCAGUGGAUGCAGCACUGCUUUCAUCUUACGAAACUAACUGAGCCAGGGGUUUCUCUGCUGAACCUUCAAGGACACCAUCCACUUCCAAUGGGUUUGAUCCUUUUGUCAUUCAGCCCAAAGAGCCAGGAAUUAGGAAUUAAGAUCAUGCACAAAGUAUAUACAUUUCCUAAUAAAUAAAUUAAAAAAAAAAUCCUGAAUGGCUGCAAAUAUUGGAGAAAAAAACCCAACAGCAUAGUAUUUUAGAGACUCUAGAGAAGUAGGUUGUUAUUUUUAAUGUAAAGCCUUGACCUUGUUUGUUCUUACACCCAUAUAUAGGAAUUGUGUAAAGUGUUACAGCAACUGUAAAUGUUUGAACUGCCUGUAUCCAAUUUUAUUAGCAGCAAGAUAAGAGUACUUCCCCCCCCUUCCCCUAAAUAAAAUAACCAGUUUUGUUCUGAUUCUUUUCACAAGUCCUGGCAUUUGGGUCAAGGCUUUAUUGAAAUCUACAUUUUAUAACACUGGCACAAAGAAAUAGUUUUAAGCUUGUUUGCACAGUUCCUUUUUUUGUUUGUUUUUGGGGUUUUUUUCCUUCCCCUUUUUUUUUUCCUUCCAUUGGAGAUGGAAUUCAUUGCCUUAGGUCUUUUUAAUAGUGUAUUGUUAUUGUUGGGCUGGCUCUAUGCUUGAAAACCAGUUUAUUUAUAACCUGUUUAAAAGUGCUAUAUUUUUGUUUUGUUUUGUUUGCAGUUAGGAAUAUGCAGACUUUACAGUGAUCUCCUAGCUUGUAAGCAAACCGAGAUGCAUUAUCCCUUUUCUACAAGUGAUGUGGAAGGUCUGACACAAGCCCUAGGGGGAAAAUUGUGGGUUCAUAAUUUUUAUGAUGAAACAACAGUCCUGAAACCUUUACUAUGUCACCUUGAACUUGAUCAGCUUAAACAUGGGCCAGAUGGAUGAUAAAUACCUAAGCUGCCACAACUGAAAAAAAAAAAAAAUUGGAGCCAAUGUAGUGUUGACAUUAAUCACUUCCUCUACUUUUUUUUCCCCCUCCCUAAAAAUGGUUGUCUUGAAUCAUAGCAAAUGGAUACUGCAUCUCUUGUUCUUGUAGUUCUUAGGUUACCAGAAGUUAAGAAUAAAGAUACUGUCUCUCAGUCUCCUGCAUUAAAUGUAUCUGUUAAGCCCUGCUGGCUGACACACCAGUCCACCAAACAGAGAUGAAAGCAGAGAUGAGAAAAAUGUAUUUUGUUCUGCUGGGAAGUGCAAAGUUUACCUAAGCACAGGCUGUCGUGCUGGCAGCUGAGGGGGAGAACAGGACUGCUGUAGGGACACAAAGAAGUAAAUCUCUGUAGCUAAUGGCAUCUGCUUGUUAAGAGAUGGCCUAGCAAAUAUGGGAGUUGUAAAGACCUUUUAGCCACUUAUCAGAGUUUCGUUUCUUUUCAUUUUGUCUUUUCCCCUGCCCUUACCAUACCCUGCUGUGACUUGUAAUGCAGGGCUGACAUGUUGAGAAGUCCUGCUCUUGCAAAAUCAGCUGCAGUCUGAAGUUAGCCACCACAAGUCGAGGAGCUUCUUGAUUGGUUUUCAUACAGAGUUUGAGUACUUGGUACAAAAGAUGUGUUUAGAGACCCAAGUACUUUGACGACUUACUGUAUGUACAGUAGAGCAGAACUGUGCCUGGUGUGUUUGAAGGGUUGGUCAGCCACAGGGAGAGGCAAUAUCUUGACUGAUUGAUUAUUCCUGCAGCUGACAGCAACCUGCUCUUAGAGGAGAACUCCCAAGUAGCAGUCAGAAGAAAGUGGAGGCAGUCUGCAGCUCUAGAUUCACUCAAAUUGCUACACGUUUAUCUGGACAGUGUUUUGCUGGAUUCAGUCAUACCUAAUCCCAAGGAAGAAAAUCUGGGAAGAGAGACCUGAAGUUGUGCAAUAUCACUGUUCCUUUUCAACAUUCCAUGUGUGUUUCCUUGUCUCCUCUCUUUUGUCUGGGGAGUUUGGUUUCUUUUUUUGGUACAACACUGUCCACGUGAGGUAUCGUUUCCUUCUCUUUCUCUUGUUAAAAACUGGUAAAUGAACAGUUUGACCAAACCUAACUUCCAUGUUGGUACUCACUCUUUAUUUACUACAUGAUUUGAUGAAGAAAGAUUUGAAAGCAUCAUGAAGUGACCAAUUACUGAGCUGAAUGCUUUCCUAGGUGCUCUGUAUAGUUGAACUUUAACAGUGAUCUACUUACUCGCUAAUGGGAAAAAGUUACAGAACCCAGAGAUGAUUACAGGAAAAAAAAGUAAUUCCAAAAAGUUAAAAUUUGAGCUUAAAGAGAAAUGUGUAAAUAUAACAAAUAAACCAAAUAAUUUUUUUUCCCAAGUUUUGAGGUGCAACACUGUUCUGGAUGAUUUCUAAUUCAGAGAAGUAAUUGAGCACAAAAUAAUAAUGUGUAACCUGAAUUUCAGCUACAGUUGUGAAACCACAUCUGUCUUAAUUCCACCAUUUGUAAGAUAAAGAUAAUAUUUGCCUCCUGGC